AUGAAAUCGAACAAGAAAUUCGAAUGCAGAGAGCCGCGAUGUCUUGUCGACGGCGAACCGCGUGUAUUCACAAGAGCAGCUCUUUUCCGACAGCAUGAGCUGAAGGUGCACGCGGAGAAAAAAUUGAGGUGCGCGCAUUGUCCUAAAACUUUCUCCGUGCACUAUCUCCUCAAACAUCACGAGAACCACUGUAACCAGACGGUGAAAUGUCCACACUGUGAUGCGACGUUCCGACAUCGGAGCUCCUGCCGACGGCACCAAAAAACGGCGAAGCAUGGCGUCCCGAGUCCACCGAGAGCGCCAAAUGAAGGAAGUCGGCUCACUUUCAAUAUCAUGCCGCUCCAGCUGGUGCCCGUACUCCUGGUGGCCAAAAAUUCCGAAUCGUCUCCUACAACGCGGCCUCAUCCGGAACUCGAAUCGAAGAAAAAGCAGACCUUCAGACCUAUCCGUCCAAAGAGCUCUGCUACCACACCGGCUUUUUCGAGUACCCCCAAAGAAUCUACUGCGGUGCAGACGUCGACGGAAUGCGAGCCGAUCCCGGGUCCUUCGAUUGCCACCCAGACCGUAACGAAUCAUUGCACCGUCGCAGUCGGCAUCGAUGAGGUCUUCGAAGACUUGGAGAAAUUGUUCGCCCAAGCCGAGACCCAAACGCAUAGUCAGAUGUCUGAGCAAAACUUCCAGCACGCGGAAACGCAGACGAAUCAGCCGAGCCUCGCAGAUUCAGAUAUGCAGACUAUCUACGACAAACUGAGCGAUCUCUCCCCAAUCCCAUCUGAGCCCUUGCCACAUGUCGGCCAGGUAGAAGAUCGGGCAUUGAGCGCGGUCGAGGUCCAAACUAGCUUCGAGCGUCAGAUGCAACAUUUCGGGAUGCAAACCGUUUUCCCGAAUGAUUCGAAGAUUGCGGGAACUCAAACCCCGGGCAUUCCCUCCUUUGACGGUCAAUGCCAGACAGGAAUGGAAUUGUCCUCGGUCGAAACGCAGACCAUCGAACAAUUUCUCAACGAGCUGGAGAACACGAAUUGA